UGAGUUCCCAAAGCAGCCUCACCACUCUCUAUAGAAGAAUCCAUUACCAAAACCCUCCCUACAACAUUCUCUUUUACUCAAUCCAAUCAUGGAGAAACCACAAAAGAAGCAAGUUCUUCUUUUCUACUGUGUGGAAGCCCAACAACUUGCUCACAAAAUCGCCGCUCAAUCCCAACACAUUCAGCUUCAAUCCAUCAACUGGAGGAGUUUUGAUGAUGGAUUUCCUAACUUAUUCAUAAACAAUGCACAAGAUAUCCGAGGCCAGCAUGUUUCGUUUCUAGCAUCGUUCAGCUCACCGGCCGUAAUAUUUGAGCAGUUAUCUGUUAUAUUUGCACUCACAAGGCUCUUUGUUGCUUCUUUCACUUUGGUAUUACCGUUCUUUCCAACGGGGUCCUUUGAAAGGAUGGAAGAAGAAGGCGAUGUAGCUACCGCAUUCACCAUGGCAAGAAUAUUAUCGAAUAUUCCGAUAUCAAGAGGUGGUCCCACAAGCUUAGUCAUCUAUGACAUACAUGCUUUGCAGGAAAGAUUCUACUUCGGGGACAAUGUUUUGCCUUGCUUUGAAACCGGAAUUCCUCUCUUGAAACAACGUCUUCAUCAACUUCCCGAUGCUGAUAAUAUUGUAAUCGCGUUUCCGGAUGAUGGAGCUUGGAAGCGAUUCCACAAGCAGUUGGAUCACUUUCCCAUGGUGGUUUGUGCAAAAGUUCGUGAGGGUGAUAAAAGAAUAGUAAGGCUGAAAGAAGGUAACCCUAGCGGUUGCCAUGUAGUUAUUGUUGACGAUCUGGUGCAAUCUGGAGGUACUUUAAUUGAAUGUCAGAAAGUUUUGGCGGCUCAUGGUGCAACUAAAGUCAGUGCGUAUGUCACUCAUGCAGUGUUUCCUAAAAACUCAUGGGAAAAAUUUGUUCACAAAAAUGGUGAUAACUCGAACAAGGCGUUUACCUACUUUUGGAUCACCGAUUCAUGCCCGCCUACUGUGAAAAGCAUUGAAAACAAAGCUCCUUUUGAGGUCUUGAGUCUUGCAGGAUCCAUCGCAGAUGCACUUCAAAUAUGAUGCGUUGGUUGCUUCUAGUGUUAUGGUUUAUUUAACAAAUAAACAAGUUGUUAACUGGUGAUUAUUAUUCAUAAUUUCUAACUUGAACUUUAGCAUGUGUGCCCUUUGAUGCAAUGUAAUCGUGCAUUUUUUAUGGGACAUUGAACUGUAAUAACAAAGUAAACCCAAUACUUGGUUGACCCCAUGGGGUUAGUUUGUUUAAUAGUGGUUUAUAAGGACCUUUGGUCUUGUGUUG